AGAGAACCUUGGGCAAACAGGAGGAGGAGGCUGGAGAUAGAGUGUGAUACCUGGAGCGCAGACCAGACACCCAUUGCUUCCAGUGAUGCUUCUCCUGGUGACCUGAUCUCGCCUUUACCUAAGGCAACGACCAUGCAGAUCCUCUUUAACUCUACAACAUUGUGAUGCUGGGACCUCCAUAACUCUGCAAAUUUCCCUUCCAGCAUGCCCACCUCUUCCUUCACCCCUUUUCUUAACUCCUCAACCCCCACCUCAUCCUAUUCUCCAGGUUCAUCAUGCCAACUAGACGAGUCCUACAAGCACAUCUUCCUGCCAACCUGCUACCUCAUCACUUUCCUGCUCAGCUUGGCUUUGAACUCCAUUGUGCUCACACGAUGCCUACGUCGACCUUGGAACCCAUCACUGGUCUACAUGUUCAACUUGGCGCUCAGUGACCUCAUGUACAGCUUGUCCUUGCCCUUCCUUAUUGCCAGUUACAUCUCCCGUGACCGCUGGUUAUUUGGAGACCCCAUGUGUCGUCUGGUUCGCUUCCUCUUCUACUUUAACCUUUACUGCAGCAUCUUCUUCUUGACAUGUAUCUCCUUCCACCGCUACCUUGGCAUCUGCCAUCCAAUGCGUUCCAUGAGGCUGGAGACUAUGCGUUGGGUCAGGGCAACCUGCCUACUGGUGUGGGCCUUGGUGUUUGCCAUGACCUCUCCUAUACUUCUGUUUGCUCGUACAGGACCUCUCGAAGGCCCAGAAGAUAUAGUGACCUGUUGGGAUGAUGCUCUAGAUGCAGAUCUUCAACGUUACAUGCCAUAUGGACUCUUUCUACAUGCAGCAGGUUUUUUCUUGCCCUUUUCACUUACUGCCUGGUGCUACUCAAGAGUGGUACGCACCCUCUGCCGGACUCUUCGUGGUGGUGUUGUACCAGGCCCAGUGCCAGGUGUGAUCCAAAGACGCAAGUCCAUCCGGACCAUUGUCACCAUCACCCUUCUUUUUGCUCUGUGCUUCCUACCUUUCCAUAUCACCCGUACCAUUUUCCUGACGAUGAGGGCCGGUGGUGCAUCUUUAGCUGGAUGUCGUGCCUUGGGAGUGGUGGCGGUCUGCUACAAAGUAACCCGGCCUCUGGCCAGCGCCAAUUCUUUUCUUAAUGCCCUGCUGUAUUUCCUGACCAAGGAGCCUUGUGGUCGAACCCUGAGGGGAAAGAAAGAGAAAGAGCAAAUUGGCAAAGGGGACAAAAAGAGACCCACCAAGAAUGAACAACCUUGGAGUAACUUUUACCCACAAUUUCCUUGAAGAUAUUGCGGGAACAGAUGGAAAGAUGGAAAGAAACUACUUUUCCAGAUAUGGUAAACAUUACAAAGCAACUUUCUUUGAGUCAUCCAUGUGUUAAAAAUUAUAUUUAUGCCAUGGGAAUCUGGGUGAUGACCAAUAUGGCCGCCAUUGCAGCUGUCACAGUGGUGGGUUUACAUAGUUGCUCAAGGGUUCAAAAUGGAAAUGUGCCAGUUAUGUAGCUAUAGAGAAGUGGUCCCCAAGCCAGUCCUCAAGGCCCACCAACAUUCCGAGUCCUCUUAGUUACUCUAUUGGAAUAGAACGUGGAAUCAUUCAAAUCCAGGACUGUUGGUGGCCCUGAGGAGUGGGUUGGGGACCUCUGCUAUAGAGGGUAGACCCCGGGCCCCAGUGCUAUGAGACACUAGCCCAGUGACAACUACAGUGGUACCUGUACUGUCUGCCAUUUUGGUUUUCCCACAGAUUUUAACAGAUUUAUUUUAUUUUUUAAUUCUAUUUACUGUAGUUUUUUUUGUUGUUUUUUUGGUGGGAUGUUCUUAAAUAUAUCGUACAACUAUUUAUCACAAUGGACCUAAUGGACUGAAGCUAUAGACGUAUACGCUGCACUAACGGCAAAGUACGGGUAACAUGAACGCCAUCGGCCACAGCACGGCCCGUAACCUUUGUAUAGAGACUUUCAAAGACUUUCCUCUACCAAGGACAUAAUGUACUUCAUGGACUAACAACGCUUUUGAUGGUCGAAAACUUAUUUUAUGUUCUUGCUAAAACAACAUUCACAUGGGAUACAAAGUUCUGCUACUUUACAACCUUCUACAUUUUUUUUUCUUUAUAAUUUGGGCACCAGGUGGCGCUUUUGACUGUCAAUUGUAUUUAAGCAUUGUAAACAUUCAGGGAAACCGGAUUCUUUGUGCCAGAGCGUUUGUAUUUUACUAAAUAAAGAUCUCACAGUAUGGAAAAAAAUAAGGGA